UCACUUCAUCCAUCAAAUCGGCCAAACCACUUCUUUUUUUUUUUUUUUUUUAUGAGUUGAGACCGACGUGUGCUCCUUGCAUUACAAACUGUUAAAAAGUUGAUGCAGUAGACUACAGAGGCUUGACAUGGAUCCAUAAACUAAAGUGUGGUGAAACAGGAUGUUUGCAUGGGUCAGAACCCAACUGAAGCAAUCAGACGUAGUCAGUCACCCCCAGUGCUUUUCAAUGUCAAUGUGGAGAGUUGAAAUUUCUCUUUACGUCUUUUUUUGUUAUUCUUCUUGAUAUGUUUAUGAUCUUGUGCAGGUUACUAAGGAUUACAGAGUGAGAAGGGUUUCAGAUCCAUUGAGAUAUAAUGAUAUUGCUACUGCUUCAUCGGAGGGGAGCAAGGACAUUUGGACAGACAGAGAGAGAGACUGGGAUGAAACAGAGGCUAUUGACACAGGACAAGGAGGUGAACCUGGAGCAGGUGCAUCGGCGCAUGAACAGUCUCAUAGACGAGGACAUGGUGCACAAGCAGAUCCCCGGGCCAUCUAUCGAGAUCUCUGCCCUGGACAUCGGUGGCAUGCAGCCGGGCCAGGCGGCACGGGAAGCUGGCCGGGAUUUCGCGGGCACGGGUCUAUCCGUGAGCACCUUUCUGCCAGAGCAGGCCCAUGGUGUGGGCAGGACACUGGCACCAGGGCCUGGCACUGCACUCCCGCUGCCCCUGGGCAGCUCCACCAUGCCCUCCUCCAUACAGUGCAAACACAGGGCCCCCAACGGGGGUCUCUUCCGGCAGAGCCCCGGCAAGACGCCCAUGCCAAUGCCAUACCCACCAGUUCCAGGAGGACCCAUCCCCGAAGCCAUUGAUCCCACCCAUAGCACGUCCAUCUGAGGCCACAAGGGGGCAGCUUUCUUGCGGGAAGAGGCGGGCGGUACGAUUGGGGUUGUAAUGUAUAAAAAGAACAAAGAAAAAAAUAAACACACAUAUAAGGGUGGAGGAGAUUUUUAAUAUAGAUACGAAAAAAAAAAAAAAACCCCAACAACAAAAAAACACUUUUCUUGUAAAUAUUUGUAAAUAACAAAAGAGCGAAGUGAGUUAAAGUGUAUUUUGAAUAUUCUCAAUUUUUGGAGUUGAGUUACAAAAACAAAAUGAAAACAAACAAAAAAAAAAAACAAAAAGAAAAAGAAAAUAUAAAACAGACUUUAAAAAUGACUGUUUAAAUGGCUUUGUAAAUUUUGUUCUCUAUGGAUAAAGACGCAAAUUCAUUGUGAUUGUUUUCUAAGUGCCGAAAUAAAAAAGAUGUCUCUCCACAGUUUGUUACUAGAUUAUCCCACAUUUCACUUCAUUAUGAAUCAUAAUGAAGAUUAAUUCAUCAAUUUCGCACCCCCUUUUUAAUGUUGUUUUUUUAAUUAUUCGUAAAAAAAAAAAAAAAAAAAAUUAUUUUCCAAUCACAGUCAUUCUUUAAUCUCCAAGAGUACCGUCUCCGUUCAGAUGUUUUCAUUUCUGCUCUCGUUAACAAGUCUGAUUGCGGAUGGUGUAAGCGUUAGCGUCGAGUCCGUGAGCCGAGUCAGGUCAGAGUGAAGGUCUAGCGAGGCAGGAAGGCCUCGAGCACAAGUUUUCUAAAGGAAGAAAGCUAAGCAGAAAACCUCUCGUUGUUAUCGGAUCCGUUAUGUUUUACCCAUGUACGGCUGCUUGGUCAAUGCGAAUUGUGUGACGAUAGCGAUAACGUUUAUUUUUCAUAUCUGUGUGAUGAUAUAACAUAUAUGUAACAUACAGAGAUAUUUUCCUUCAGAGUAAACUGCAAAGAAAUGAAACGGUUUUAUCGUUCACAAACUCUGUAAAGAUGAAUAUAAAAUAUAAAAGGUAUGAAACAAUACAUGCUGUGAUAUAUAUUUUCUUUUUUUCUUUUUAAUUUUACUUUAAAUGAGUCCUGCAAGGGGAAAAUAUGAUUGUGUCAUUAUGAAGUAUUUUUUAUGAGGAAGCUUGAGGUUUUUUUUUUUUAUUUUUUUUUUUUUAUACAAGUUCUGUCCCCAGACGAUUAUCAAUGACUGCCUCACAAUAAGAUGUUCCCCAGAUAUAUGAAUCGUGUAAUUGCACUUAUAGUCCUUGUCUUUUCUGUUAUUGUGUAAAUGUUUUUGCUUUGUUUCCACCUCAGCCUGAGAAUCAGUCUGUGUUUAACUGCGCUUUCUCCAUGCUUCAUAUUUAAUAACAGUAAUCAAUCAGUGGUGAUGGAGGACAGGCCGAAUAUCCGACAGCGGUUGUAGAUAUAUGUGCUGUUAUCCCUAAAGACUCGACUGACUUUCUCACAUUCGGAAGUCAAAUAAGGACAUUCCUUUUUUUUUCUGUUUUGAGUGGAGGGGACGUCCUGGCAUCAGCGCUGCACAUUUUCAGUCAGUAAUCACGGUCGUAGCCUGAAUAUCUUGUGUACGUUCCAGUAGUUUCCAAUGUUAACCAAAGCGAUAUCAUAUCAUACACUGUGUUCCACCAUGAAACGCCGUUCGCUGGUGGAGACGACGAUGUCCGAGCUUCUCGUAGAGACAGCCGUGUGCUCACUGCUUUUACUGCCCUGACUCCCUUACCCAAUUGGAGAAGAAAAAAACAACAACACAUAUUUGAUUUCAAGAUGAAAAGAAAGGAAGAAGUCUAUCAUAGUGCAGUCUGUAACAUUACACCAGAGGGAGGGAGACUCUUAUUUUGAUUAUGAAUAUGCUGCUUGGAGUUUCUUAAUUCUUUAAUAAAGAAAUAUGGUUUACAUGCUUUUGAAUGACGGUUGUUCAGUUGUACGGUGAUGAUCACCGGAGGUUCACGCUUCACACACCCCUCAAAUUCCUCCACAACACAAGCGAAGGUUCACUUUAUCAUUCAUAAAGCAGUUAUGUGAAAAUCACUAACUUCACAUAAUAUUACAUGAUAAUCGUCUUGUUUUUGAGGCGGUUUUUCAACUAAACACAAUAUUUUUUGUAUAUUUAUUGUAUAGAAUGUAGUACACUAUACAGGAAUGAAUCAGAAAUGC